AUGAUGUUACAAUAUUUGUUACUAUUUAUCAUUAUUGAACAUUAUACAGUAGUUAUUUUUGCAGAUGUUGAUAUUGAACAUGCUGCUGCGUUUGUUCGUCGUGAAAUAUGGAACUGGUGGGAUUAUACCGAUGGUGUAAGUGGUCCAGCAGCGUGGGGAUUUUAUUUUCCUAUAUGCGAAGCAGGUCGUUUCCAAUCGCCGAUUAAUAUUGAAAGUCGUCAUUUACUUUUUGAUCAUCAAUUAACACCGAUUAAUAUCAAUAAUAGUGAUAAUGUACAUGGAAUACUUCGUAAUGAUGGACGUAAUCUUUAUAUAAUUAUUCCGUUGGAUUCUAAUUCAAAGAUUCAUAUAAGUGGUGGUCCACUGCAAUAUGAAUAUCGUCCCGUAGAAAUUUAUAUUCGUUUAGCACCGCCAAUUAUAGGAGAUAAAAUACCGCGAGGCAGUGAACAUCAAAUUGAUAAUCGAUCGUUUCAUGGAGAAAUUCAACUUGUUGCUUAUAAUAUUGAUCUUUAUAAAGAUUACGCACAAGCACAAACAUCACCCAAGGGAAUUGUUAUUAUAUCUAGUAUGUUAAUGUUAGGUGGAGAUACGUCGGAACAAUUGCGUAAAGUUUUUCAUCAUGCUGAAUUAUUGAAUAAUACUCAAAAACCAGCUGAUAUUGAAAUAAAAAAUCUUAAUUUAAAAGAAUUAAUGGCUUUUUCAUCGGAAUAUAUGACGUAUGAAGGCAGUUUAACAUGGCCCGGAUGUUUUGAAAGUGUUACAUGGAUUAUAUUUAAUAAAUAUCAACAAAUGUUAAGUACUUAUUUACAAACACUUUUUACCAAUACACUUCGAUUUGUUAAUAAUCGUCGAGCAUUAAUGAUUGGUACAAGUGCACAAAGAAAUGUUCGAACGAAUAUCGGUUAUGAACAAUGGUUUCGUUCUUCAACUUCUUCACCACCACCAACAACAACUUGUUAUCCUGUAAAUAAUAUACUUGAAUAUCACGUUAAUAACGAAUUUGGCUUGGCAAGAACAUAG